AUGAGUUUCUAAUAAUAAUAAUUACAAUAAGCAUUUUUCGAAUAAUAAAUCUCUGGACAUUCUAUAUUUAUUAAACUUAAUGAUGGCGAAUUUGUAGCUAAGUCAUACUCAAUUGAAAAUAAUAAUGAAUAAAAGUAUUUCUAAAAAGCUUAUUAGUUUUUAUGAAUGGAUUCAAAAUAUAGACGGAUAUUAAGAGUUCUUCUCUUAAUAUAAUGGUGUAGUCAUUCUAGAAAAAAAUCAAGAAAUAUCAAAAUAAGAAACAAUCAACUCUUAAUAAAAAUGGUUAAAUUCUCUCAUUUCAAAGAGGUAUAAUCCAAAUAAUAAGAGUAAAUAUUUCUAAAAAUAUUUCUUAGAAUAUUUAUUACUAUAAAACUUGACUUAAAACUCUUAGAAUUUGAGAAUUAUAGAUCUUAAAUUAGGCUAUACAGUUGAAAAAUAAUCACAUAUAUAGCGAUAUCAAGAUUCAACUUCCUCUAAAAUAGGCCUAAGAAUUUGUGGAAUGAAAAUACAAGAAAAUAAUGAACUAGUUUUGUUUAAGGAUAAACAUUGGGGUAGAACUAUAUCUGUAGAGGAAUUAAUAGAGUCAAUUAAGAUUUUUUUUAGUUUAAAAAAUAGAAAUUGUAAGUUUUGUUAUUUAAAUUUAGAAAUUUUAAAGGAGGCCAUAGAUAAAAUAGAAUCACUAAAACAAUUCAUUAUUAGUAAUUGUAAGCAAGUGAUUUCAUGGUAAGGAACAAGUUUGUUAUUAAUUUAUCGUGAUGAUAAUGAUUUUAAAAUUAAGUUGAUUGACUUCUCUAAUACCAAAAUGGACCUAGAAUCUACUCAAAUUAAUACUGAGAUAAUCAAAGCUUUAAAUAGUUUAUAGGAUAUAAUAAAGCAAAUUUGA